AAACUAAAACAAAACCAAUUAUUUUAAGUAAAAUUAAUUGGCAAGUGAGGUUUAUUGAUGUAUUGUUUUAUAUUCGAUUUUCCAACGGCAGCGUAAGCAUGUUCCGAUUGAAAGAAUGUCGUUUAUAUAUUUUUGUAAUUCUUGUACAGUUUCAUCUAACAACGUCUCAAUUGGAAGAUGAUGAAGGUCAAACGAUCGAGCCACCCGAAGAAGAAUGGCACAUGGACUUUAUGCCGACUGGUUACCUGCCGGACAAUGUAUACAGGGAACUGGCUUGGUACGGAAUCCUACAGAUCCAGCCUUUGCACCACAGUGCGAAACACAAAGUAGCAGCUCAGUUGAUCUGGCAGCAUACUCUCGGGAGACCCCAUGUUAUCCUUGAAAGUCCGCCACAGUCAACCCAAUCGCCUGGGAAGGUAAGUCGUCAGAUCUUGGCGGAGGACGCGUCCAAAUGGUCUCGGGAACAGCGGGCGGCACAGGAAGUGUUGAUGGAGAACAUCAAGAGUGGGGGUAACGGCUUGACCGUGAGGACUGUCGUCAGUGCCAGCAAGAAGACCAUUUAUAUCAUCCAAAAUGGAAACUACUUCACAUGUCCAGAAGGUUCAGAGCCUGAUUUGGAUGCAUAUAGAAUACAAGCUAAUAUGCAUGAACGUAAAUGUACUUAUGGGAAACCAUCGAUCCCAGUACAAAUUGACCCUUGCAUAGAAGGUGAGACGGCUCCCAUCGAAUACUCCUUUAAUGAAGGUUGGAUGUUCUGCUUUGGCAAUGGAGACAGAGAGAGCAAUUAUUUCAAUAAUGGAACCUUAGAUUGCGGGCAUAAAGUUAAAGUUCCAAUGCAAACAUUUUUAGAUGACUGCGCCAUUGACAAUAACAUUGUAAUCACUUUCGAUUACUUUGGAGACGAGCCUCGAAAGGAUAUGAUGCAUAACGCCACACUUUGUCAGUCUUGGGAUCCAUGCCGGCUGUCAUACUUGUACAGACUCGAGCCACCACCACAAGGCAUGGCGCCUGCAUUCCCCACGACAACGCAAAACCCAUGCGAGACUACAAUUUGUCCCGAGUGUUAUGAAGGUGCAACUAAUGAAGAUGUAGGCGAAAGGAUGGAAAUUAACUAAUAAACACGUGAGUAGCAUCAAUAAUACCAUAGAAGUACUAUUUGUAAAAUGUUCAUCCGUGAAAUGUAUUGUAAUGAAAUUUAUUUUAAUAAAUAAUUAUUGAAGUCAAA